AUGGCCGCCAUCGGAAAGCCGGAGGUGUCGGAGCACGGCGAGGUGACGUCAGACUCCCUGCCCUUCUCACAGCAUGCACUGGUGAGUUUGCAGUGGAGAGUGUUCAAGACUCGCCCCUACGUGGAUGGUGCCAAGACCUUGAUUGGUGGCCAGGUGAAGCCUUGGCCGGGCAUUUUCUCGGAGAUCUUUUCCCCGGUCUACUGCUCCGAGACCGGGGAGCGCAUCUGCAUAGGCCGACAGGCCACGAUGUCGCCCAAGGAGUCGGUCCUGGCGGUGCAGGCGGCCGCGAAGGCCUGGGACCUGGGCCGCGGCGAGUGGCCCCGGAAGACCCUGGAGCAGCGUGUGGCGGCGGUGGAGAAGCUCAUGGGAAGGUUGAAGGAGAUCAGGGAAAAGAUUGUCACUGUCUUGCAGUGGGAAAUCUGUAAGAACGAUGCCGAUGCGGCGAAGGAGUUCGAUCGCACCAUUGACUUCAUCCAGGCCCUGAUCGCGACAGCUCGGAGGAUGGACUCGACCGGCCCAGUCUGCCAGGAAGGAGUCCAUGCCCUGCUCAAGCGCUCUCCAGUGGGUGUCAUGAUGAACAUGGGCCCGUCCAACUAUCCCUUCAACGAGACCUACGCCACGCUGAUCCCUGCACUGCUCAUUGGGGACUCGGUGGUCAUGAAGGUGCCAAAUACUGGUGGCCUCGCACAUUUCCUGACGAUGGAGGCCUAUGCCGAGUGCUUCCCUGCCGGUGUAGUAAACUUCGUCUCCGGCCGUGGCCGCGACACGAUGCCGCCCUGCAUGGAGUCCGGGCUGGUGGAUAUCUUCGCCUUCAUCGGCUCGUCAAAGGCGGCGGAUGCACUUGUCAAGGCGCACCCACAGCCACAUCGCUUGAAAAACCUGUUGUCCCUGGAUGCGAAGAACUUGGCGAUCGUGAUGCCAGACGCGGACCUCGAUCUUGCGGUCAAGGAAUGCCUCGCCGGCAGCACAUCUUUCAACGGCCAGCGAUGCACAGCCAUCAAGCUCAUCAUGGCCCAUCGGAGUAUCGCCGAGAAGUUCAACCAGAAGUUCUGCGCAGCCAUUGGAGGUCUGUCAGUGGGCCUUCCUUUCGGAAAGAACAAUGUCACUCCGAUGGCGUGCACGGGCACGGACUUCCUGAAGCAGUUGACGGAGGAUGCCGUGGCGAAAGGGGCACAAGUGCUGAACGCUGGAUCCGGCGGAGCGCGCUGCGACCGAACGCUCUUCGCACCGACGGCUGACAUGGACGAUCUCACUUCUGUCUUUGAGGCGAUGCCGAGGGAGGAGCUGCGGCGGCUGUAUGCUACAGCUAAGGACAUCCUUGAAGAGGAUGCUUGGUCUGGCACUUCUUCUGAGGCGUCUGUGGAGUCCUCUUGGCAAAACCCCGAUGCAGGUGUCCACAUGCCCACCGUUCCCACUGGCGACCUGCUGGGCCUUGGCGGUGGUGCUGACAUGCCUGUGGCCUCUGCUGACACACCUGGUUCGUCCACCGACCCUCCUGCUGUACCUGUCCUUCCUGGCGCUGAGGUCAUUGACUUGACCAACACGGACGAUGAGCAAACCGUUGGCCCUGAUGGGGCUGAUGUUCUCUUCGAUGUGACGGCGCCUGCGGAUGUGGCGGGUGGCCUUGGCAGUGCAGACUCUGGCCAGGACUUGUCUGCUUCAGGCGUUGCUGAUGACACGUCUGGCCGCAACCUGCCUGGUGCUGCUGAGGUUUCUGCCGGCCAAGGUCCUCCUUCUGAUCCCCUUGGCUUGGAUCUGAAUGCCAUGGACGGUGUCGGUGACGAUGCUUCUGUGCCAGGUCAACCUGCGGCUGCCUGGCCCACUGUUUCUCAGCCACCCCCUGACUUGGGCGAUGCCGCCGUGGCUGGCCAAGACGAUGGAGGCACUGGAGCUGCAGGUCCGGGCCCUACUGACUUGCCUCCCUGGCUUACCUCUGACGCGCCUGCUGAUCCGCCUGCCGCACCUGUCCCCGCCCCUGUGCAGCAGCCACAGGUUGCUCGCAUAGAGCUUUUUGGGACGGCAGAGUUCCCCUUUUUGAAUGCAUCUGACGUCCUGACAGGGAUGCAGAUCCCGGUCCUGUACCCUGUGACCGCGGAGAUGCAGUUGUGGACGGCCGAACAGUUCGGCCCUGUGAUCCCCAUCGCCCCAUACGACAGCAUCCAGGAGCCUAUCGAAUGGCUGAGAAAGAUGCAUUUUGGCCAGCAGACCGCCAUCUUCACUUCGCAGGAUGGGGCCGCCCCGCCCUCUGCUGAGUUCGCAGAGCUCUUGGAUGCCGCUGGGCCAACGAUGAAAAGAGUCGAGAAUGGGCCGUUCGGGGGAAACCUGUCCUUUGCAACCUUUGUUCGAACAGGGGCCGACGUUGCGACGAAAUUUUCUACCAUGACACCUGCACUGCAAUUCCUCCAGAAGCUACAGCUCAUGCCACAUGAGGGUCGGGUGUGA